AUGAAUUUUUGCAUAGCAGGGCAACAAUUAUUAUUAUAACAAGUUGUAUAUAACUUUGUGAGUAAUUAUGUUUUUUCUGUCUUUUAAAAAGCUGAUUUCGACAAACGUGUACGUGACUUAUAUGCUAUAAGUUGUUUGCAAUUGGCAUUAAGUAUCUUGCCCAAAGUUGUGUAUCCAAACACACAAUAAUCAGUUACCCUAUUCAUGUUAAACCUAUUCACCUGUCAAUCAAAUAAUUUCCUGACUUUUACAAUGAUAUGUGAAGUCAUUCACUCAAGUUACAGCCAUGGACACUUGUGUAAAAUUGAUUUGUCUUUUAUUUCUUAUUACUAGCGUAAAAAGCAUUUUUAAAACAAAAGAUGUUUGUCCAGAUAAUGUGAUCACAUUUCGAACUCUUGGUCGUGAGAUUAAAAUGAGAUUUAACUCCGUGAAAGUUGGUGAGACGUCAUAUUCACGGGAGACUUGUGAUAAUUCUGACACAUCACUGGCUUCAAUCAAAUGCACCAACAAAGCUGGAUACCCAGAGUUUGACCUAAGUUACUUUAGAAGAAGUUCUUGUAAAAUAAAACCACUAAUAAAAAGCACAAUCGCUACAAAGCAGACUCGCCACAGCACCAGUUCAACAACUGAACCAGACCCCUAUAUAUCUACAACUGGUGUAAUAUUACAGGCAACAUCUAUAGAACCAGUCACUACAACAAGCAUUGAUGAACAAUCAACAACUUUAAUACCAACAACAUAUACACAGCAUAUUUCUAGUACAGAGGGAUUCAGUACACCUAUAAGCACUCGUGUUUCAACAUCUUAUACUACUGCUAAUAUGCCUUCCUCUCCCACUGAGAAUCCAACAACAAAAGGUUUAACAACAACUGUGGCUAUACAGAGCACACAUGCGGGAAUAAAAAAGAACGCAACUCGUAAAUUGAAAGUGAAAACUCUGAAAGGAUUUCUUACAAACCAUGCUACUUCCACGCAACACUUGAUUUCAGUAAAAAGAGCUGAAAACUAUUUACAUAUGGCGAGUGAAGUGAUUCUGACAUCACAGAACAAAACAAUGAACAUGUCCGAUAACAAUGAGUUUGAUGUGACGCAAACAAUCCAACUUAUUGAUGUCAUAAUCACCCACGUUAACCUAACUGGGGUGAACUCAGUUUUGCUGACAUCAGCAAAUUAUGUGAUGGACGUCAGACGUGUACUACCUUCUAAUGACAAGUCAUUGUCUUUUAACAAUACCUAUUAUCCCGAUGUGAGUUUCGUUAUUCCUCCCUCUGUCGUUAAACAAUCAAACUCGACACUAGGGAUCAGAGUUGGGUUCACUUUGUUUCAAAACGCAGAACUUUUUCCGUCAAAGAAAUAUAAGGUUUACAAGGUCAUAUCAGCCAAAGUAACAGGUUUAAUGGACAACACAAUACUAAAAGAUCCAGUUAAGUUUACCCUGCCUGCUAAUCAGUCCUCUAUGACAUCACUAAGCUGUGGAUUUUGGGAUUUCAAAGCAUCUGAUUGGUCUACGCAUGGGUGUAUUAUGACAUCACAGUCACCGGUUAUGUGUCAAUGCAAUCACAUGACAAAUUUUGCCAUUCUUAUUACAAUACAUUCACAAGGGAACCUAAACAAACUUAGCACACAAAGAAACAACUUAAUUUUUCUUGAUUACAUCUCAAACAUUGGAUGUGGUUUAUCCAUAGUUGGUCUUGUAGCUACAAUCAUCAUACAUGCUUUGUUUAAAAAACUGCACCGUCACAUUACUCAGCACAUUCUACUCCACCUAAGCAUGACUUUGCUUUUUUCAUAUCUACUUUAUGUAUGUGGGAUUAAUGCUACACAAAAUUUCACCACCUGUCUCACUAUCAAAACUGCACCGUCACAUUACUCAGCACAUUCUACUCCACCUAAGCAUGACUUUGCUUUUUUCAUAUCUACUUUAUUUCUUGGUCCGAAAACGAGCCACCCCCACUUUAUAAGACGGGCUUGUGUGUUCUCCUAUCUUACCCCAGCAUGUGUGGUGGGGUUCACUGUGUUGUAUUGUGUGUGUAAGGUGGACCAUUACUUUGUAUAUGGAUUGUUGACAAAUGAGACGGAAAAUAAGAGCCAAGAAUAUUUCAUUACUUUAGAUUGGUCAUCCAGUUAUUUAAGUCCCGACAUAUGCUGGCCACAUGGAGAUGCUUUUCAUUUUGGAUUUCUACUCCCUGUUGCAAUCAUUCUGCUCUUCAAUGUGGCUGUUUUCGCCACUGUGACUUACUCCCUCAGUUAUGGCAGAGAAAAGGUCAAAUCAACAGCUAAAAGAGUGACGUUACGCAAACGACUUUGCAACGUGGUUACCAUGACGACUUUGUUAGGGUUGCCGUGGGCGAUUGGGUUUCUUAGCAACGUUGUUGAAAAUGAUACGGAUUGUUUUUAUUCAUUUUAUUUUGUGUUUACAACAAGCGUGUACGGGAUACAUGGGUUAGGGGGGCGUGCCAAUUACUACCCUGCUUCUCUAGCUCCAGUUGGUGGUCAAUUGGUACAAGCAACCCCUGACAGUAUCCCAAUGUCCUAA